AUGGCGUCAAGUGGAACCAAACGACCAGCGAAUGAGGAUCAGACGUCUCUUGUGAAGCGUGUUCGCUUUGCACGAUCGGUUUGCUCUACAUCAGUCAUGUCCCUAGCAAUUGCAACGGAUGCUGAUCAAGUUGAAGCACAGACACUCAAAUGGUUUGCUCCCAAGUUUACGUACCACGCAUUCGGGAUUGAUGAAGUCAUUGAUGGCUAUGAUGAGCUCAAUAUCUCUGUGAUUUUCAAUGGAUUCGACUUCCGGGCCUUGCUAGACAUCACGUUUAAAGAGAAAGAAGACACUGCAGAUGACGUCGUUGCAAAACUGGUAUCGUCGCUACCGCAGGACUUUGUCCAGGACAAAGCGGACUUUGUGGUGGCGCUGCGCAAGGCAGCGACUGACUUUACUUGUCCUCCUGGGAAUUGCAUCGAGUCUUACACUACUACUGCAAAAAAUGACGAAGAACCAGCAGGAAAGCGGUACUUUGACAUUUAUGAGUGCAAGCUAGAAGACAAUGAACCAGCCCAGAAGCUUUUUGCAAAUUUGCAGACACUUUCGCCGUGGUUUAUCGAAGGAGCCGACGCAGUCGAUGUCAUGGAUCCGCGAUGGGUAAUAUACUUGAUCUACGAGCGGACGAAGGCCAGCAGCGGAGCUUUUUGCCCCGUAGGAUUCAUCACAGUCUUUAAAUUUUGCAAUCCUCUCGGACGAAAGGCUGCGUACUGCAAACCUGACCAGAACGAAACGCACCGCAUAUGCCAGGCUCUCAUCUUCCCCACGCACCAGCGCCAAGGCCACGCCGAGCGCUUGGUGCGUUGUAUUCAUGCACAAGCAAUGGCGAACCAUCAUGUGUAUGAACUUACUGUAGAAGAUCCAGUGCCAGGUUUUUCUUGUCUUCGAGACCUUGUUGAUCUCAAAAAUUGCAUCAAGCACGAGUUUUUCUGUCUCCCACCGGAAGCAAGUGGAGAUGCAAGCGGCACCGGGCGUGGCACAGCACAACUAACGACCGCCGAUGUCCAUGCUGUGCAGGAGACACUCAAACUCACGCAUAAGCAGGUGCAGACCUGCUACGAAGCUCGGAAGCUCACGUUUGUCGACCAAAACGAUGAGACACAGCGCAAAACGUUCCGUCUUGAAGUAAAAAAGCGGCUGUUUCGAUUGCAUACGGAGGAAUUGGACGCCAUGGGCAGCGCUGAUCGUCGCAAAUCCUUUCUUGAUACGGAAUAUAAGCGUUUGGAGACGCAUUAUCAGCUAAUGGCUUCAAAACUUAAUCUUUAUGAACUAGUUGAACGUAUAGGUGGCGGUGCAUUUGGAGAGGUCUUUAAGGGGUUUAAUACUCAGACAAAUGAGGUGGUUGCCAUUAAAAUCAUCGAUCUCGAGUCCGCGGCUGAUGAGAUCGAAGAUGUGCAGCAGGAAAUUCACGUGCUGUCCCAGUGUUCAUGCGACCAACUUACGACGUACUCGGGCUCGUUCAUUGCAGGGACAAAGCUGUGGAUCAUUAUGGAAUAUCUAUCAGGUGGCUCGGUGCUGGACAGUAUGCGGAAAGGGCCUCUGGAUGAAGCCUUCAUUGCCAUUAUUCUACGUGAAUUAUUGAAGGGUCUUGAGUAUUUGCACUCGGAGAAGAAGAUUCAUCGAGAUAUUAAAGCUGCAAACGUGCUGCUGAGUGGAGACGGUCAUGUGAAGCUUGCGGAUUUUGGCGUCACAGGUCAAAUCACAGAGACAAUGACGAAACGCAAUACGGCAGUGGGUACUCCAUUUUGGAUGGCGCCUGAAGUGAUUCAAGAAUCCGAGUACGACUUCAAGGCCGACAUAUGGUCGCUGGGCAUCACUGCAAUUGAGAUGGCAAAAGGUGCACCUCCCCUUGCUGACAUCCACCCGAUGAAAGUGCUUUUCAUGAUCCCGACGAUGGAUCCGCCUGUGCUCGAAGGCAGUUUCUCGCCGCGAUUUGCCGAUUUUGUCUCGUGUUGCUUGCAAAAGGCCCCACAGGAUCGACCAACUGCGUCCGAGUUACUACGUCACCCAUUCAUUCGUUCUGCUAAACACAUCUCACAUCUCACGGAACUUUUGGAUCGAAACCAAUUACAAGACCAGCAGCAAGAUGGAGAAGACGAAGGCUCAUUUGACGACAAAAGUGGCUUCAACAAUGGCAACAUGGAUAACAGCUAUUUCGCUUCGGGUCAUGAUGAUACGUUACCGAUGGCAUAUGGUCAACGGGAUAGCAGCAAACGCCAUGCUCGAGGCGCAUCGGUGGGAAGCGGGUGGGAUUUCAAUACCAUCCGUUUAUCGUCUACCACUCUCCAACAGGAGUUGAAGGCUCAAGCAGAAGCGGCUGCCGCAGAAGCCGCUAGUCACAGCGAUCCAUGUACUCUCGGAAUGGCUGGUGAAAACGAACAUUCAUCAGUUGAUGAUUUGAUAUCUUCUAUUACGACCCCACUUCAUGAGGUCGAGAACGAAGACGAAGGUGAAGAGGACGACGCAUUCGACAGCAUUGUGAAGCCCGCGAUCAGUGAUGUGCUGGAGCGUGUUCUUCAUUCGUCAAGUACUGGAUUCAUGACGCCGACUCAUCGUGAUGCUGCAGAGGCUGCUACAGAGGUGCAAGAAGAUCUCCUUUUUGAGCUGCUGCACGUUUUUGACAACGUAAGUCAACAGAAAGGUCUGCUCCGGCAAGUGCUGCGGAGCCUGGCUGACUACACAAACGUAGAAAUGUCCCCCUCCAGCGCAAAUGCAAACGGUAGCACAGAAAGCACAUUGUCGCAGACAUCAUAG